AUGCCUGUGCAAGGGCUCAUGUGUAUCAUUGUAAAUCACCUGACUAGAAGUAUUCCGCAGCAGAAGGCGGAAGGGUCACCAUUUGACAAGCUCGUCAACUGGCGAGUCUGCGGCCAAGCCGCCAACUGUCCGAUUGCUCCAACUUGCCGCUGUUGCAUUCUGCUAGUAACACUAGUCUACUACUACUACUACAGUACGACCCUUAACUACGGCUUGCUGUACCCUCUCACGGCACCGUCGGUGUCCACUCCACCACACCUCACUUAA